AUUGUCUUUUUUGAUUAAACAGUUAAUUCUACCUUUAUUUAUAUAUGUCAUUUGAAUUGGAUUUUAAACGUCCAGGAGUUCAUUGCCGUCUCCUCUGUUGAUUUUGUUUCUGUAGAUCAUGAAUUUCCUCCGGUUCUUUGAGGAUUGUUGUUCGUUCUCUAGAGCUUGAAUUGAGGCCCAAAUUCGUCCUUCUGUAUUGCUCGAAAUGUCAGGCCCAGAAGGAUUUGGCAUACACGAUGAAAUAAAAGAAAGGAGGUCCGAUGUUGAGAAUUCCGAAGAUGAGAGACGCCGGACCAAAAUUGGAGCGCUUAAGAAGAAGGCAAUCAAUGCUUCCAACAGGUUCACUCAUUCUCUUAAGAAGCGUGGAAAGAGGAAAAUUGAUUACAGGGUUUCUUCAGUUUCCAUAGAGGACAUAAGAGAUGCCAGAGAGGAGAGUGCAGUACAUGAAUUGCGUCAGAAACUUCUUGCCAAGGAUUUAUUACCUUCUAGGCAUGAUGAUUAUCAUACUCUGUUGAGGUUUUUGAAAGCAAGGGACUUCAACAUUUAUAAAACAGUUCAAAUGUGGGAAGAAAUGCUCCAAUGGAGAAAGGAGUAUGGAGCAGAUACCAUAUUGGAGGACUUCGAAUUUGAAGAACUGGAAGAAGUUUUGGAAUAUUAUCCUCAAGGCUACCAUGGGAUUGAUAAAGAUGGAAGGCCUAUAUAUAUCGAGAGGCUUGGGAAAGCUCACCCAAAUAGGCUUACACGCAUUACCACAGUUGAUCGCUACUUAAAGUACCAUGUACGGGAGUUUGAGAAGGCACUACAUGAGAAAUUUCCUGCAUGUUCAAUUGCAGCAAAGAGGCACAUUGGAUCGACUACAACAAUAUUGGAUGUUCAGGGCUUGGGUAUAAAAAAUUUCACCAAGAUUGCUGGAGAUCUCCUUACUGGUAUUACCAAAAUUGAUAACAAUUGCUACCCUGAGACGCUACAUCGUAUGUUCAUUGUUAAUGCUGGUCCUGGCUUCAAGAUGCUUUGGCUAGCUGUGAAGAAAUUUCUCGACCCAAAGACCAUUGAAAAGAUACAAGUUCUGGAACCCAGAUGCUUGAGUAAAUUGCUGGACUUCAUUGACUCAAGCGAACUGCCUGACUUCUUGGGUGGAACGUGUACAUGCUCUGCUGAAGGAGGGUGCAUUGGGUCUAAUAAGGGACCAUGGAAUGAUCCUGAAAUAAUGAAACUUGUAAAUAAUGCAGAAGCAACAUUUGUGAGGCAAGUCACAAGAAUAUCUGACAAGGAGCAGAAAAUCAAUUCUUACAUUAAGAUAUGGCAAAAGGGAAGAAGUAGUGAUACAUCGACAGCUGAAUCUGGAUCAGAUGUAGAUGUUGAUGAUCCUUGUUCUCCUACUGGGCUACGGAGUUCAAGGUUUUCACGAUUGGCUCCAGUUCAUGAGGAAGUCAGGGUGUCAGAUCCAACUGCUUACUACAGUUGUGAUGACCAUUUUACUGUUGUUGAUAAAGCUAUAGACUAUGGUCCAGGUGCGUCUAGUUCUGAGAACCAUUCGGGGGGAUUUGAGUAUCUGGGAGGCCCUUAUACAGAGGCAAUUUCAAAGCCUGAAGGUAUUCCAUUUCUUGAUAGGAUCAGAACCAUUAAAGACAAAUUGGGGGAGAGAGAUUUCCAGAGUGUAGCAAGAGUUCUGCUAGCUUUUGUGAUCAAAUUGCUUGCCUACUUUCGUUUUCUGCACUGUAGACUUGGGAGAAGGCAGGGUAACAUUCACCCCUCUAAUUCUUUGGAGCCCAAUCAAGAAAUUCAUCCACCUGCUGAAGAAGCUGUGAAUGAAGAAAACCGUGCCCUUCCAUAUUUGGAGCGUCUUCAGAGGCUUGAAACGUUGUUCGAGGAAAUUAGCACCAAGCCUGCAGGGAUUCCUUUGGAUAAGGAGCAGUUGCUACAGGACUCUUUGGAUCGUAUCAAAUCUGUUGAGCUUGACCUUGAGAAAACAAAGAGAGUGAUGCAUGCUACGGUCAUGAAGCAACUGGAAAUUGCUGAAUUACUGGAGAAUCUGAGUGAGUCUAAAUUUCGGCGAAGAAGGUUCUUCUGUUGAAGGUUGUGAUGGUGUUGGGACAAGCUAAUGUGGACAGAAUGAGAGGAAGAAAAGAUUUCGCUGGCCUUUGUGUGGGACAUUGAUGAGGAUGCUUGUUGCAGCAAAGGAAGUUAUUCUGUCAAAAAGAUUUUAGAUGGCGACAACAAACUAAAGUUGGAAGCAUAAAAAGGAAGAAGAGAUAGGGCUUGGCUUUUAUACAGUAUGUAAUAUUAAAAAAAAAAAAAAGGGAAAUCUGCCAUGGCCAUGGAUCCUUGACAUUGGCUUCCAGCCUUUCAGGUACUUGUUUGUUCAUGGAAAGGGUUCACUCUCCUA